GAGUCGUAUUGUCUGAUGUGUUCGUGUUUUCCAGAUCUUGUUCAGUUCAGCCAGUGUAGUGCAUUGUUUUGUUUAUUUUUGUGACGAUUCGUGAUACGAACGACGUGUUUCUGGUUGCUGAGAACCGGUGGUGUCACACACAUAUUACACCAAGUACUUAUAGGAGAUAGGACGAACAAAAUACAAAAAUGGCGUGUUGUAUUAAAGCUGAAACAGGAACGCUGAUCUUUGCGAUAAUUAAUCUGAGCGUUAUGAUUCUUUCAAGCGUCGCCAGUAUUGGCAUGCUAAUAUACGGGAUGGUGGUGUUCUUCUGGAUAAACGCGUCAAGUAGCAGAAUAGACUACGUCACCUUGAUGAUCGGCGCCAUAUUGGGAUGGCUGGCGUUCUCUUUACUGAAUCUGGUCUUCGCGUCGUUCCUGCUAAACGGAAGCUUGAAGAAAAAGCCCGAACACAUCAUGGCAUACUUUAUCUACGGAGUGAUUAUAUUAUUGCUAACUUUACCAAUAAUCUUUUGCGUCUGCGUCUUCAGUGAAAUGGGCGCAGCCGUUAAUUCUGCUGUCAUCUUGACUUACGUGAUGUACUGCCUGAUCCUGUUCAUGCUGCGUCGUACUAUCAAAUCAAUGGAGACGCUCAGAGAACAAUACAGUCAUAAGCAACUAGUUGAAAAAUGCUAAGUAACCAUAAGCCAUAAUUGCACGGGCACUUUCUACUGUUGCACUUGGCUUUGCUUUUAUAGAAUGUAAAAGGAUAUCACACACACACGGCUACGUCACAUACGACGAUUUUUACUUUUAAAAUUGUGUGUGUAGCGUAUCCAAACGCAGUGUGCCACAGUAGGUGACCAGCCGUGCCGAUUGGAGUGGACAACAUACAUACAUAAAUAUUCUUUACAUAUAGGGCUACUAUAGUGGUACGUAUAUACGCACCACUGCUGGAAAUGCUGCAAGCUGCACAAGCCUACGAUAUUUUGUAAUUUUCCUUUUCGGCACAUAAGAAAUUGACAGGUAUAACUUAAAAUAAAAUUAGGUGUCUGCAGGAAUCAAGGUUAAUUAAAUAGGUACUUUAUUUUAGUUACACAGCUGUCAUGAGCUGUCUUUCAAGAAAAAUAGGCUAAUAGGCUUCCUGGGCUGAUGAGGUUGGUUACCCACCUCUGCUAGAAUCAUCACCAUUGUCUAAGUAAUGUGAAGCUGCCUACUAUUACUGGGAAAUAGUUUAUGCUCUCAUCUGCCGAGAUACCAGACAAUAGUUUUUACUUUUGCGACCGACAGAUGAUUAGAUAUUAAUGACUGUAUUUAGGCCUUAAGAAUAUACGUAUCCCAUAACGCUAAGUAUGUGUGUAAUCUCUGUGUAAUAGGCUGUUAAAAAAACUAUGUCACGACUAAAGAAAAAAAGAGUAUAAAGUCGUAAUUCUUUAAAAAUCUCAUUACUUUUUAAUAUUUGAUCUCUUUUUCUGGGGGCUUUUAAUGUAAUAUUCAAUAUAUGUACAUAUAUAAUUCUUAUAAAAAAAACGUUGGAUGUUGAAUUUGAAAAACAGUCAAUAAAAUUAUUUCUAAAAAACUUGUUUUGUGUUUAACGUACUCUUAGACUUAAGUGUACUUACUUAUAUUUCAGAAAACCAUUACUAUAUUAAAGUUUCAAAAAAUGUAUUUUUGUAAAGCUUUUAAAUGUAACAAUAAAUGAAUAUUGAAACCGAA